AUGACAGACCAUGAUGCUCAGUCUCAAUUCCCCGAAAUUUGGGUCUCUGCAAUAGCGCAGUAUAAGCAGGUCACAAAGCAUGAUCUUCUCCAAGGCAGACUGCAGGUCUCUUCUCCUGAUGCUCUUCUGGUCAUCAUCGAGACAGGGCAGAACAAAUUUAGCGAGUAUCGAAAGCAGGGACAGAAGAUUUGGGAUGUACUUAAGCCGGUUCUUGGACUAGUAGACGUACUUUCGGAGACGGUCAGUGAGAGCUUUACUCUGGUUAGCGUCGCUGUUAUCACUUCUGCGACCGACAAGUAUCUGAUCGCACUUGGACCAGGCCAACCCGCCUGCGAAGGCAGUAUUUGUUGCUGUCCGUCUAUUACUGAAGAUGUCAGUGCAAACUACGACAUAAUUGUUGAUCUUUUUGAGGAGCUCAAAGGGUUCAUCGAACGACUUGGUGUACUUAAUCAACAAGACAUCAGUAUGCCCUUGAAGAAGAUCAUCAUAGAGAUCCUUGCGCAACUUCUCGUGACUCUGGCAGUAACUACAAAGUGGAUGAAGCAGAAGCGUCCGGCUCAAUACUUAAGAACUCUUCUUAGGUCGGAUAUGCAAGUGAGGCCCGCGAUGGAGAGACUGACGAAGCUGUUAAAUCAGGCGAGUAUCAUGGUGAAUACUUUCACGUCGGUGAAGGCUACAGAAGGAUUGCACAUCUUGCAAGUAUUGAGGGACGACAACCUUCAGACUAAAAUCCAUACGUGGCUCAGCCCGCCUGAUCCGUCUACCAAUCACAAUACAGCCCUAGGUAGGCGACAAGAAGGAACAGGAGAUUGGUUCGUGAAAAAUCCGGCAUUUUUAGAAUGGAGGCAAUCACCGAAUUCACUUCUUUGGAUUCAUGGGAUUCGUACGUUCCUCCGCCGGCAAUGGCAAAACAAUACUGUGGUGAGGCGCAGCAUAGAUGUCGAGGCUCGGAAAGACUUUGAUGUGUUUCGCGGUAGCUCUACUCUCGUCGAAGCCCUUCAAUGCGAUGCCGAACGGCCAUCUAGCUCAACAUCGACAGCCAUUCCCUUUUUCUACUUUGACUUCAAUGAUCCUGCCAAACUCGCCUUUCGCAACCUCAUCCAUUCCCUGAUUGUUCAACUCUUGUUCCGAAGUCCUGGGACCCCUCUCCUUCUCAAAGACCUCUAUAUGCGGAAUCACGAGGGCAAGCAAGAACCGAAGCUGGACGAUCUGAUCUCGGUUUUAAAGGCGAUGGCUGCAUUUUUUGACCACACUUACAUUAUACUCGACGCUCUUGAUAAAUGCACCGGCACAGAGCGAGCAGGCAUCUUGCGAUUUCUAGCAGAAAUUAAGAGUUGA